GAAGAAGAAGAAGAAGAAGAAGAAGAAGAAGAACGUUUCGCUUGAAAAUAUGCUGAAUCCUUUACUGAAUAAGCGUCUUCCUACAGGAGCAGCAGGAUAUUAUUCUGGCAGCACAAACGGCAAAAUAAUAAUGUUUUGGCUACUUCAGCAGAGGAACUUACAUUCAUCACAGUGAUCUUAGCAAUGAGAAGAGCAAAGCAUGUUACAGAAGCUGUGCUGUGUGAUUCUACUCAUCAUCCAGAGGGACACAGAAAGUACACAGGUGAUUGGAGGAAGCAGGACUGUGGUACAGGGGGAGGAUGUGGACUUAUCCUGCAGACUGAUAGAGACAACCAAGAAGCUCAAACACAUAACAUGGCAGAAAAGUAAACUGGUAGAAAAACAUAACUAUUUUUUUCUGCUGAUUUAUCCCAUUGGGUAUACUAAGUUUAUUGCACCAAAUGGAUUGGAAGGUAGAGUCCAAUUUAUUGGGAACCCAUCAGAAAACCUUGGAUCUAUUAGAAUAACAGCUGUCAGACUGUUGGAUGAAGGCACCUUCACAUGUAUCUUCAGUGUUUUCCCCAGUGGAGCAUACAAUACAGAGAUUCCUCUGACUGUGCUUGUUCCUCCAGUAGUGAGUGUGACAGUUGAUGUUCCUCCUGUCAUUGGGGAGAAUGAGGUUGUCUUGGCAACCUGUGUGGCUGCUGGUGCCAAGCCACAGGCAGAAGUGAAGUGGAUUUCAGGUACAUUCGGCAGUUUGUUGAGGACAAUUACAAACUCCACCCAGCACGCCAAUGGAACUACCACAGUACUCAGCCACCUGCUCGGGGUGCCAACCAGAGCAGCCAAUCAGCAGCAGGUCCAAUGUGUGGUCAACCAGUCUGCCCUGGCAACAGAAAGGAGCUACAACUAUACCAUAAACAUCCACUAUCCACCUCAGUCAGUGAACAUCACCCUUAGUGAGGCCUCUAAAGCCACAGUCUUCCUAUGUGUAGCAGACGGCAACCCACAACCCAACUACACCUGGAGCAGAGUGGGCCAGCCAUGGCCUGUGUCUUCAGUGAGAGCAGAGGGAGACAUACUGCACCUCCUCAGUCUCAGCUCUGAGCUGAAUGGUCUCUAUGUCUGUGAGGCCUCCAACCCCUACGGACGAGCAACUGGCUCCCUCUAUGUACACACAUCCUCUGAGACCUCUGCUGCCUGUUGGGUUCUACACAUUGUCAUUCUAUGUCUGAUUAAUACUGCGGCUGCACUCGUAUGGUACAGGAGGAAAUACAGACAGUGUCCUUGGAAUUCAGUCAUGGCCAAUCACCAGUUCCAGGCACCCCAACAGAAGACGCUUUUAUCCAAAGCGACUUACAGUCAUGAGGAAGAUGAACCUGGGACGUCUGGGUUCUAACACUCCAAACCAGGAAGGCGGAUAAGGACGAAGUAUCAUGAUAAAUCACUGUACAGGCUGAGAGCAGAUGCCAGAAGAAUCUCAGACAUGCAAUGGGUGUGGGAAGAUUUCCUGUCUGCACAUUCUCCAUUGUUCUAACCAUUUGCAAAGAAGAGGCACAUUCUCCAACCAUCUAAUGAACAGAGACCCUAGCAGUAUUCACUGUGACAUUAGAAACCUCGGCUCGGCCCCUCCUCCACCACAGCUUCUCUUGUGGACUGCCUUGUCAUGGUGGAGGGGCUUUGUUUCUUCAGCGGGAACAACAACUCUCCUGUAUGUACAGUGGGGAAAAAAGUAUUUAGUCAGCCACCAAUUGUGCAAGUUCUCCCACUUAAAAA